GUAUUGAAAUUUUCUCUGUCCAUUCUGAGAGAUGGCACGCUUGUUUCGCUAUUUCCAGGGAGAUCCUGUUGUGACAUCUUCUCCCACUGAAGUUCGUAUGUGGGUAGAAGAUUUGGAUUACAAUUUUCUUUCAUACGGAGAAAUUUUUGAAAGUGCAGAAAUCAAUGGAGAGAGGUUACUAAACAUCACCAGGAAGCAACUUAAUGAACUUGGCAUAGUCCGCACUGACCAUCAGGAUAUACUGCUAAAAGCAGUUGCUCGUAUUCAUCAAAAGGGUAAAGUUGAAGAGCAAGCUAUGUCAAGAGAAGACCAGAAUAUCAAAAAGAUGCCUACCAGAUUUGGAAAAGAAAAUGAACAACUUGAGCAUGCUAUUGAUCGUGUUCUUGCCACAAUAUCGGAAAGAAGACUGGCACGUAGUCUACAUGGCACUAAUGAACAGCCACCUCAUAACGUUCUUACAGCUACCCUUGAACUGGUUAACACUGUCAACAUGAUAUUAAACAUUCUGGAAAGGCCACCAUUUGAUUGCAUGUCAGAAUUUUCCAGUCUGAAAAAUCAUCUCAUUAAACAUAUCACAUUACUGAAACAUUUCUCUGAACAGGCUGAUCUUAGCCAUGAAAAUGAGUCUGAUAUAAUAGAUGUGUGCAAGAGUGUGGCUAAAAUGUGUCACUACAUAAUUUCUCUGCCACCUGAUCUUCCAAAACCAGAAAUAAAAGUUCCAGGAUCUGUUCUCUGUGAAGAGAGACCAUCUAGGGUGCAAGUGUUGCUUGACAACUACAGAAGUGCUUCAAGAGGUGAAGGGGGAUCUUUGGCAGUACCUAUGAGAGAAAUUAGUAGAAGAUCUUCUGAGAUACCAGUUUGGAGAUCAGCAGAGCGAUCUGCUUGGGGACCUGAAGGAGGACGACCUGUCAGAUUUGAAAGGGGUUAUGCUGUAAAUCCUGCUAGAGAUCUUUCUAUGAUGCCUGCUCAAGGACAUGCAAUGAUUCCUGCAAGGGGCCGUUCUGUGAGUCCUGCAAGAGGAUACUCUGAGAGAUGUGGUAGAGAACGUGCUGUGAGUCUUACAAGAGGAUACACUAAGAGACAAGCAAGGUCAAGAACCAUGAGUCCUUUCAGGAUGCAUGCUGUGAGUUCUGCACAGGAAACUACUCUGCAACCAGCACAAAGAUGUCCCGUGAGACGUGAAGAAGAAUUUAUUCUGGGAGCUGCAGUGGGGCUUACUGUGAAACCAGCAGAAAGAUAUGAUGAAGAAACUUCUAAACUUACCAGACAAUCUACCCAGUAA